UGAAUGCACAACAAGACGCUGGGAGCAAUAGGGAGACGAGAGGAUCAGCUUAGUCAGAAACAAGGCUUUCUUCAACUGCCUGCAGCUCACCAUGGCCCUUUCUCACUUGUUCCUCACUUCUGUGUUCUUUUUGCUGCCUUCCGUAACGCACGUUUUGGCCCAGCAAGACGGAUGUUCUGUGGAUAACCAGAAUCCAAGUGUCAAUGAAAAUAACCCUCCUGCCUAUGUAGUGGCCACCAUCACUUUGGAACAAGGCUUCACCAUAAGCAUUGAUCCUUCCUCCCCUGAUGCCAGCUAUUUCACCAUACAGGGGUCCCAGCUGCAGCUGACCAAAAGUGUGGACUAUGAGGAGGACACCUUGCUGUUAGUCUACCUGCUUUGCACUGACACUGCUGGGCAGAGCAAUUCUCUGCAAAUUAUUGUGACCAUUGUCAACGUGAACGAUAACAGCCCGGUUUUUAAGCAAACGAAUUUCACCCAAAUAGUUCCUGAGGACACAAAAGUGAAUGCUACAAUUAUAUCCCGUGAAGAUCUAAGUGCUACUGACGCUGACCUGGACACCAUUUAUUAUGAACUUACAACAAGAGUGCCCGACACAGAUGGUUAUUUUGCCAUAAAAGGAGUUAAUAACCCAGAAAUUUAUUUGCAAAAAGCACUGGACUAUGAUAAAAUCAAAUUCACAACUUUGCUCUUGUAUGCAAGGGACAGGCCAGUGGACAGCACCGAUACCACCUACACUGCUACUGCAACAAUAAGCAUAUCUAUUGAACAAGCUGACACCAAACCACCCUGGUUCCUGCCCUGUACCUUCAUUAACACGGACAAUAACAUUUGCAUCAGCAGCCCCUACACUGGUAGGGUCAACAUCUCCGAGAAGUCGACUACACCACUCACCCUGGAGCCUGGGCCCAUCUACGCUAUCGAUCCUGACUACACUUUAAAUGAAAAAAUAGUGUACAGCAUUGUUGGUGGGGAUACGGAUGAAGUGUUCUCAGUGGAUGCAGAUACAGGGAAUCUAACUAUGAACAAAGCAGCAACUUCCUCAGACCCAUUCCUGUUGCAAGUCAUGGCCUCCCAAGUCAACAACAUACAGAAAUACUCCGUAGUCAGUGUAGAGAUUAAGGUCAUCAAUAAAAGUGACUAUGCACCAUACUUCAACAGCGAGAUCUACAGAGGGACAGUAUCUGUUGGUCUGGCCCCAGGAAGCUUUGUCCUAGAAGCUGAUACUCCUUCCAAACCCCUGAUGAUAACAGCAGCUGAUGAUGAUUUCACUGAUAAAGUCAACCCAAACAUUGAGUAUCUCAUAACAAACAGCACUGAUUUCACUGCAAGCAAAGAUGGACUCAUCCUGACAAAUGUGAUGCUACAGUCACCAGGGAUUGUAACCAUGGAGGCUCUUGGAAAAGACACAGUAAGCCUGCAGGAGGCACGCACUGUGAUUGUGGUGGAAGUCGUCUCUGCCACAGAUGAUACUUCCUCUGACAAGAGAUACACUGCACAGGAUAUGGGUGCCUUAGGUGGUACCUUAGCAGCACUGCUAUUAAUUGCCUUAGUCUUGCUUGGAUUGAUGAUAUACAAACAGUAUGGAAAACCAGUGAACUAUCUGGUGAGAAAAAAAUUCUCCAAAAGCCACCCUGAUGAUUACCAGAACCAAGCUUACAAGGAAGAUGAACACCCGGAUGUGAGUGCCAAACAGCAUGAGACGGCAGAAAACAGCAGUGUCCAGUCAAUGACAUCUGUGUUAGAGCAGCCAUCGCUUCCCUCACCCUCUUCCAAGUCAGCAGAAACUGAUGGCCUCCCAACGGCUUCCACAGCUUCCACCGUCGUCUUCGACCAAGAGGAGAAGGAGCAGGAAGUGGAAGAAGAGAGCAACCAGGAGAAAGAGGUGAAGUCUAUCCUCAAGACAGACAGGCAUCCGGCAGACAAUGGCUACAAAGCCGUGUGGUUUAAGACUGAUGUGGAUCCAGAUGCUGGAGAUGGGGUUGAAGUGAUUGAGGACAAUGCAGCAGCAGAUGAUGAUGAGGACAGUGACCAAGACCUGGAGAAAAAUGAGGAGGAGGAACAAGAUUAUAAUGAGGACAGUUACCAUGGAAGGCCGGAGGUGUCCUUUGCCCCCGAGAGCCAACUCCCCCCAGAUGUGGAAGUGAAAAUCAACAUGUCUGGCACAGAUGCAGCAACAGAAGAUGUCAGUGAGCUUUUAUAAUGGAAAUAAGCCUGCACCCACUCAAAAAACACAGGGUAAUCUCAGCCACUUUGCCAAGGCAGAGCCCACCUCUCUGCUCAGGAGAAAAACUGGUCUGCAGGAGGACAAAGGUGCCUGCCCUGCCUGUCUGAAUGCAGAGAUUAAAGCCGGAAGAGAUUAGAGCUAAUUCAAACUUCUAAUGAUACCUUGAAAUGUCACUUAAGACUUCUGGGGUGGGCAGACACAUCUCUCAUCUCUUCACCCUCCUGCCUAUUGCCACUUGGGUCCCCCUUCCAUUGCAUUUCCUAAACUGGCUGCAGGUACAGCGGGGCAUAGCAGAACUGACUUCAAAGCAGUUAUCUCAGCUCCUAAUUGCAGUUUAUUCAUGGCAGCUCAGUAUUCAUCUCUUCUUGGUGGGUGAAUUAGCCAGCACUGACAGCUCGGCCGUUCCCUUUAGGGUGUUGCAGGUUGAAGCCAGCUGCUGGGACUAAAAGCAGCACAGGUCACCCCAGCCUUGCAGUUGCUCAUAGGACUGCAUCCAGGAGCUCCUUCAGGGCUAGGCUCUGCUCUCGGCCAUACCAUAGGCCAUGCUCCCAGCACGAGUGGCUCACGUGACAGCUGACGGGAACAGAAGCUGCAGGAACGCUGCCCCUGGUCCCCAUCCUGCCACCAGCUGCUUGUUUACGUGCUCAGGAGCUGCUGUUUCCUCUAUCACUGAUAAGCAAGAACUGAUCACAUGAUUUCUUUCCUGGAGGGUUUUAUCAGUUGUUCUUCUAUGCCAUAAAACUGCUAAUUGUCCUGUACUUCUUGGGCUAUUUGAUUCCUACCUAUGGGGGGAAGGAAGGGCUCCUGUCAGGACCUGCCUACAAAGUGCCAGGGGUAUUUCCAGUUCUCUGGGCUUUUGGCAGGAAUGGGGGUGAUUUCAGGGGGUGCUGCAUGUGGGUCAGCAGGGAACCCAUUGUUCCCCAUGUCUGACAGGGUCCAAGAUGUCCCUUUACCAUUGCCACUGAAGGUGGAGGUCAGCAUUGCCUCCAAGUGCUGGAUGUCAUUGUCAUUUCGUUGCCCUCCGCUUCAUGUGGACACUGACCCCUUUGCAUUCCCACCUUGCUCCACUCAUGAGGAGCCUAGCAGGCUCUUUUGCCGGUGAAAUAUUGCCUUCUGAGCUUCACCUAGAGCUGAACUGAGAUGGAAAGCAGAGGUGGUUCAUUAAGAGCAAGUCAGCUCUGCUGUGCUUGCCUUGGCUCGUACGUGAGCUAGGAGGAAGCCUGUUGGUCUCCAGAUUGACUUCACAGCAUGACAGCACCAUAGCUUGACUGAACUCUCCUCCCUCAUCCUGCAGCAGUCUCGUCUUCAAUUACGGUCCCACCAUGAAGCCCCAAGUCAGCAAAGUGGGCACACCACUUCCAGGCAGCAUGGACAAUAAACCGAGUGAUGCUCUAGUCCAGAUUUACACCUCUUAUCAAUCAGUAUCCCCCCACUGGCAACCAAAAGCUGGAGUGAUUUCCACUGGCCAAUAAUAUGGCUGUGUGCAUUUGCACCCUAUGAUCUAUCAGCACAAAAUUUGUGCUGCUUCUGGUUUUCCCAUUUUGGGGCUAACUACAGUGCUGACAAGGGCUGCUGAGGGCUCAGUGUUCAAUAAAGAAACUCAGGAAUGCCCAAUACAAGGAUGCGUCAGAAGGAGUCUGGGUCACUAGUGUUUAUCUCAUUUGCUCAGCUUAGCACAACAGCACAGGACUGCAGCAAGGUAAGUCUCCCUCUACAGAAGCAACAGUAACAAACAAUACUGCCCUUACCCUAGAAGCCAAGCUUCAUAUUGCUUGGAGUUACUCCAGAUAAACCCCUGAGAAAGUGAAACCAAAAUGUGGCUGGUGGGAUCCACACAUACACCAAAGCACAGGACAACCAGUUCCAAGGAUGCCUUAGCUCCUCCCAGCCUAUAUUUUAUUUCUGUAGAUCUCCCCUUCCUGGUGUUGCUAGUGCUGAGCUAUGCUGUCCUUUCGUGUGGAGAGCUGCCCUUGCUAUGUGGACUUCGGAAGCUGCACUUUUGCUGAAAGUGGAGAUUGAGAUGUGGAAAGCUUUACUUGUUAUUGCAAUAAAGCUAUUUUCCCAGUAA